GAUAAAGCCCCUUUGACGGUAUUGGCUAAAAGGCCUUGGGCUUUCCGAAGUGGAAGUCGCUUCAACUUAUGGCAACUCAUAAUAUAUCACUGUCAUCCUGUGAAAUUAAACCAUUCUCUUAGUCAACCUAAUAGAGGAGGCAUGGAGAAUCAAGUUGGUAGCUAUGAAUCCACACAAAUGUGCUAUUGGACUCGAUUGUUCAAAGCUUGCCAAAAGGCGAAUGCAAUAUUCUGGGAACCGGUUGGAUGGUUAGUGCCACCACCCAUCAAGCACAUCCAAGAAACAAAAACAAUGCAUACUCUGACUCUUCAAUUGCUUAACCACCUAUGUACUAAAGUUAAAGAUUUGAAAGUAUCAAGAGCAAAGGAAAUAUUUAGCCAAUCAUUCAUUAAUGGGGCAAAAUAUGGGAUUCCCGAGAUUCUGGAAGAGAUUAUAAAGUCAUAUCCUUUUGCACUCGAGUAUCUGGAUGAGGCUGUAUUCAAAUUGGCAGUAUUAAAUCGUAAUGAAAAGAUUUUCAACCUCAUCUGUGAAACCGGUAUGCAUAGACAACUUAUAAUACGAACCAGAGAUGAUUCAAAUAACAUCUUGCAUUUGGCUGGAAAAUUGGCCCCUCCGCACCGGCUCAGUCUCGUUUCUGGUGCAGCUCUACAAAUGCAACGCGAGUUACAUUGGUUUAAGGAAAUUGAAAAAUAUGCACCGAGAGCCUUCAGUGAAUCUGAGAACAAUGACGAAGAUAAACCGAAAAUGGUAUUUAUAAAGGAACAUAAAAAGUUGAUAAAAGAAGGGGAGAAAUGGAUGAAAGGCACAGCAAAAUUUUACACUUUGGCAGCAGCGCUUAUUGCUACUGUAGUGUUUGCAGCAGCAAUUACCAUCCCGGGUGGCAACCAUGAUGAUACUGGCAUACCAAAUUUCUCCAAAGAAAAGGCCUUCAAAGUUUUUGCAGCUUCGGAUGCUCUUUCCCUCUUCCUAUCCAUUGCUUCGGUGCUGAUAUGCCUAUCCAUUCUCACGGCACGAUAUGCAGAAGAUGAUUUUCUUUUUGCCCUUCCCAGGAGGUUGAUAUUUGGCCUUGUUACUCUAUUCCUCUCCGUAACAUUCAUGAUGAUAGCCUACAGUAGCGCAAUCUAUCUUCUCUUUGGUGAAAAGAAGGCAUGGAUUCUUAUUACCUUGGCUGCAUUAGCCUGUUUGCCAGUGACCUUGUACGGCAUUUUGCAGUUUCCCCUCCUUGUGGAAUUGAUUUAUUCCACAUACGGCCCAGGCAUUUUUGGCAAACAUAGUAAUCGUCUGAUCCGAUAGAUCGACAAUCAUGGUGAGAGUAUUCGACACAAUUACGUACUUUGGGAUUUGCAUCAAAUUCAUGACUGAAUGUAUUGCCUUCACUCUCU